UUCUGCGUGUUCUUUGCUAUAACAGAUCAACCAUUUGGACUUGUGUGCUCACCACACAUUCAGUUACAAAGAUUAAACAUUUAUUUUAACUUGAGCGUUUGGAAAAAAGUGUCCCAGAGUUAGUGUCGCACUUAAUCAGUCGUGUGAAGAUGGUUGAUUUUGGAAAGAUACUGCAAACUAUUGGUGACUUUGGUUUGUUCCAGAAGAUCAUCCUUAUUGGGUUAACUCUCCCAAAUGUCUUACUGCCCCUUUUCUUUAGUAGUUUUCUUUUUAUUGAGUCAGAUCCAGAGCGACACUGUAACACAGACUGGAUCCUUCGGGCAGACUCUAACCUGACCACAGAGGAGCAGCUGAACCUGACUCUGCCCAGAGAGGAUGACGGGACCUUCAGCAAGUGUCAGAUGUUUGUCCCUGUGAACUGGUCUAUCGGUGCCAUCAGGGAGUACGGACUCAAUGACACCACAAGGUGUCAGAAUGGAUGGGUGUACUCCAACACGUUGUAUGAGGCCACCAUAGUCACUGAUUUUGAUCUCGUCUGUGACGAGUCUUACAUGGCUGAGGUUGUGCAGGCAAUCUUCAUGACUGGUUUACUUGCUGGUUCAUUCAUCUUUGGACCAACAGCUGAAUCGUACGGCCGCAGGAGAACCACCCAGCUACCAGUCGUCCUCUUGCAAAUAUUCGUCAUAGUUGCUGGUCUGACUCCGAAUGUCUACGUCUACAUAGUGUCGCAGUUCAUAGCUGGAGCUGCCCUCGGGGGAUUCAGAAUCAAUUCAACUAUAUUGGCUACAGAGUGGAUAGGGGUCACCAAAAGGUCCUUUGCUUCCUGUAUGAGCCAGUUGUUUGCAGCUUUUGGACAGUGUGCCCUUGCUGGUCUGGUCUAUGGCAUCCGUGACUGGAGAAAAGCACAGUACGUCAUAGGAGGAGCACAGGCCUUUGUAACGCUGUACAUAUGGUGGAUUCCUGAAUCUGCAAGGUGGUUGCUGGAACACAGAAGAACUGAAGAAGCUAAUAAAUAUAUACGUAGAGUUGCAGCAAUCAACAAAAAGAAAAUCCCAGAUAACCUGCUGGCCGAGGUAACUGGGGGACGAGAAGUGCAAAGUGGGGGAAUCAAAGCAAUUUUUACCUCAGCAAUCCUGGUUAAAUAUUUGUUAAUUUUAUCUUUUGCCUGGUUUUCGUUAAACCUUGGCUACUUCUGCGUAGUUUUGAAUGUGGGUAAGUUUGGUCUGAACAUCUUCCUGGUUCAGUUCCUGUUUGGGAUCACUGAGAUCCCUGCACAUCUCCUCUGUAUCUGGUUUUUGGAGUUAAUUGGGAGAAAAAAGUCCUUGAUAUCAACCCUCCUGACAGGCGGGCUGUUUUGCCUCUUAACCCUGGCCUUCCCUCGAGACAGCGCUAUAAUUAUCACAGUCCUUGUUACCACCGGAAAGUUCUUUUUGAACUGGGCAGGUUCAGUAUGUUUGGUUUACAUUCAGGAGUUGUUUCCCACUUCUGUCAGACAAUCUGCUGUUGGCUUUGGCUCUAUAGCCUUUAGAGGGGCAGGCUUGUUGUCCCCGUUGCUCAACAUGUUGGCCAUUUACCACUGGUCGAUACCCAUCUUAGUCUUCAGUAGCCUUGCAGUGGCCAGUGGAGCUCUUGUCUUCCUGCUCCCCGAGACCCGGAGAACAGAGCUGCCUGACUCAGCUAUUGAGACCAAGGGCAACAGGAAUAUGAACACAAAGAAAAUGGGCAGUGACUCCAACGUGGUCGAACAAAACGACAGGAAUUCCACCAAACUCUAGUCGAAAUGACUUUUUUUUUAAAGAUGUUUUUCUCAUGUGAGAUACAGUAUAUUGCUCAAUAGAAUAUUUCUUGUGGAUGGUCUUUGGCUUUCAAUGUUGCUGAGUCACCUUGUGUGUUUGCUAAUGUCUUACUCAAGUUUAGGUAUUUAUGGCUGUUACUUCUGUAAGAUACUGAAAAUCAGGCCAGUAGUCUAAUCUUGUGUGACAUAAGGUUUUGCAAAAGCAGAACAAAAGUCACUGAAUUAACAGGAUAUAAGCUUACCUGGGUUUCUGUGGAUCUUUAAAAAGUCUUAAAAGGCAUUGAAUUAAUUUACCUAAAAAGUAUUUGAAAAAAUAUUGGUAUUAAGAUGUCUUGACAUUCUUUCAAAAGUCUUUGUAAUCAAGUUAGUCAUCUAAAAUUAAUUGAUAACAUCUAUUCAUAUGCAUGCAUAUCCUGUCAUUUUGUGUAACAUAUCCAGAUAAAGGAAACUUUGUGCUUAACAUUCUUAUUCCAUUUUAUUGAAAGUGGAAUUUAAAAAGUCUUUAAGUCCUCCAUCUAACUUGCCUUGAACGCUGGAAACCCUGACUCUAGCAUAUCCUUAUCUGGAAACAUAAACACAGCAGGGGGAUAAUCCUCCAGCUGCCAUCAGUCUGUAAACAGGAUGGUUUUGCUUUAUGACAAACUGUCAGAUACCAUUUACUGUCUAAGUUACAAAGAAAGCUAACAACAUACAGUGGAGUUGCACAUUCAGCAAACAUCUACCUGAUUUAAGAAACAUAAAAUAAAACCUUGUCACAUAAUA